CUCUUCAAUCUUCAUUCAGUGUUCAUGGUAUAGAUGAAUAUUAGUAAUACUUUGAUUAUCUUGAAAUAAAAGAAACUGAACUGAAACAUAAAAUUCUAGUAUAAUGAGUUCAGAAGAAAAUGUUGCUGUGGCUGAUCAAGUAUCUGAAUCCACUGCUAAUACUGAGUCACAGCCCGCUAAUCAACAAGCACCUCAGUCUGCACCACAACAGCAACAGCCUCAACAUUCCAUCUGGUCGAUUCUUAAAGGCAUCGUAUUACGAGCCGUCAUAAUUUAUUUCAUUACAAGUUUUUUUAGAAGACCACAGCAGCCUAGCAAUGCUCCUAGCACUGGAAUGCCUUCCAAAACCUCUAUGAAUCUUUUUCCAACUGGAACUGUGAUGGACUUAUAUGUAUAUUUAUCCGAAGAUAAGAAGUUAUCAUUUAAAGAAGAAUCUUUGAUUUGGAUGCAACCAAAUAUAGUAUAUGGUGACUGGUAUGGUGGUCCUAAUGCAGAUGGAACCUAUAAUUUUGAAACCGAAAUAACAGCAACUGAGAGUAUGCAAAGAAACAGCAGCAUAUGGUUGCAUAGUUGCGUUGUAAAGCAUGGCAAAUCACCAAAUCCUCGAGAUAAGAGAAAGUAUUCCAGACAAGAUGUUGUUUGCAAAAGUAAAAGAAUGAAUAAGUACAAGAAGAUAAGGUAUAGACGUACACAUAACUUGUUAACCGGAGAAACAACAGCAAGUGCUGAAGAUAUUAAAAAAGCUGAAGAAUCACCUAUGGAAAUAAUCUCUCACUGGCAUCCCAACUUAACUUUAAAUAUUAUUGUUGAUCAUACUGCUUGGGUUCAAGGGAGUGUUCCUCAACCUUUAGACGAAUUUGUUGAAUUUGAUCCAUUAUCUGGUGAUUACUACCCCAUUCUUUACGCAAAUGAUUAUUGGAAUUUGGUUAGAGACUACACACCUAUAAAUGAUUCUGUCAAGAUGCUUCCUUUACAUUUGGUCUUCCAGCCAUUAUCUUUGUUUCGCUGGCAGCUGUACACAGCUCAGGCUAUGCGAUCUCGUUGGACUUCGUUCUUUGGGCAAGAUUUACUGGAAGAAAGUGAUGAAGAUCAAGAUUACAUGAAAGAAGCUCUCUUGGAAACUUCGCCAAUUCUUUUAGGCCUCACUGGUGUCAUUACCAUGGUUCACAGUAUUUUUGAAUUUCUAGCAUUUAAAAAUGAGAUACAGUUCUGGAACAACAGGAAAUCUCUAGAAGGACUUUCUGUGCGAUCUGUCUUUUUCAAUGUUUUCCAAUCAAUUGUAGUUCUUCUUUAUGUAUUAGACAAUGAUACCAACAUGGUGGUUCGCUUUUCUGUGUUCAUUGGAUUGAUAAUAGAGAUUUGGAAGAUACAUAAAGUAACCAAUGUUGAAAUUGACAGAGAGAACAAAUUUCUAGGUAUUGUGCCAAGAAUAAAAUUGACAGACAAAGGAUCAUAUGUUCAGUCAUCUACAAAGCAGUAUGAUAUGCUUGCGUUCCGUUAUUUGUCUUGGGCCUUGUUUCCUCUAAUAGGGUGUUAUGCUGUCUAUUCACUCCUUUAUUUGGAACAUAAAGGAUGGUAUUCAUGGGUCUUAGGCAUGCUAUACGGUUUCCUUUUAACUUUUGGUUUCAUCAUGAUGACUCCUCAGUUGUUUAUAAAUUAUAAAUUGAAAUCUGUAGCCCAUUUACCUUGGAGAAUGUUGUCCUAUAAGUUCCUUAAUACCUUUAUUGAUGAUAUCUUCGCAUUUGUGAUUAAAAUGCCAACAAUGUACAGAUUAGGCUGUUUUCGAGAUGAUAUAGUAUUCUUCAUUUAUUUAUACCAAAGAUGGAUCUAUCGUGUUGAUCCAAAAAGAAUGAAUGAAUUUGGGACUAGUGGAGAAAUUGAGACUCAGCGUUCUGAAGCAAAUGGAACUGUUUGUGUGGCUAACGAAGAAAAGUCGGUUGAAGAAAAGAAAACAGAUUAAUUUUUAUUAUAAUGUAAAUUUUUUAUUCUUUCAUGGGAUGUUUCACUGUAAAUCUUGUUGCAUUUUUUAGGCAAAUGUGUUAGAAAAAUUGUAAGCUGUUUUCCUCUUUUGGUGAAAUGUUAAAAUGAUAUUUAGUAAAUGUGAUAGAUGAAUGUUCUUUAAGUUCCAAAUCAUUGUGACCAUUAGAUGAUUUAGAAGUCAUAUAUACUGGUCAUUUUGCUGUGAUUCAUUUUCACAAAAACACUUGUUUCUGUUUCAUAUUUCUAAAUAGUUUAUAAAAGCACAAUUUAUUUAUUUCCAUAUUUUCUGGUUGCUAGGAAAUGUUAUCGUCUCUUUUGUAUUUUUUCUAUUUUUUCCUCCACAGUAUUUCAGAAAUUUAAAACUUUUUUACUGAGAAACAUAUUCCCAUUUGUAGUUAAGUUAUUGCAUUCUGGUUUUAUAAAACUAUAUGGGCUUAAUUAUACAUACUUUCUACUCAUGUUGUGGGUGAAUUUUAAUUUUCACUAGUGGUAGUAAGCCAUUUUCCUGAUUAUUUUUUCCUGGCAUCCCCGCCCCCCCCCCCCCCCCCCCCCCCCCAUUCUAUAUUGAACAAAUCUUGCUUUUUUCUAAUUCUACUUUUUAUCUAUUGAGUUUUUGUUUGAUUAUGAAAAACAAAAGCAAUGAGUUAUGGAUUUUUGUUAGUUGGUUAAAAUGUAUUAGAAAUAUUUUAAUGUUAAACAGAGAUUUUUAUUUCCCUUAAAAAAAGUGGUUCAGUUUUAUAUUGAAAUUUUUUUUAUCGAGCCAAGAUUCUUUUAUUUUUAUAUUCAAGAAUAGUAAUACAUUCAGUAAAGUUUCUGUGUCAUGUUUUAAAAGCACAUAUUUUUGUUCAUUCACAUUUUAAUGUGAUUUUUUAAAACUGAUUUUUAGCGAAAAUAUUUUUAAUAAUCAAACAACCAAAGAAACAUAAAACUAGUUCUGGGUGUAAAAACUUCAAUGUAGUUAAAGUUGCUAUCAAUCAAGUAGUUAAAAACAUAUUGAUUUUUUAAAUCACAUUAAGAUCUAAAAGUAAAGUAUAUACUGAGGAUAUGCAGCAAUUUUUUAAAAAUGUUUGUUAAAAAUCUGAAAAUAAAAUCAAUUUUUUGUUUUAUCUGUGAUGUACUUUUACCUGUUCUUAUAUUUGUGAAGGUUUGAAAAGCAUCAUAAUGCUUUUGUGGUGCUUUCCUCAAAAAUAAAUAAUCAUUUCUUGUGAGCUGAAAAAUAUUUUCUUGAAAGUAAGAACAUAAGUUUAAAAACUUCAAUCCACAAUUCAAGCUGCAUAAAAUAUAAAAUUACUUUUUAGAUUGCUGAUUGAAGUAAUAAAAGAUUGAAUAUAAAAAAGAGUAUUUGUAUUUCGUGUUUGUAAUGAGAUUAUACUGUGGGUAAUAAAUCUGUAAAACAUAUAUUUUUUGUGACCUUAUUGACUAUCCUUACAGAAAAGGAUUAUUUUUAUGUUAAAAAGAUUAUAUACAUGUAUAUACAGUAAACUCCUGAUUAUUGACGGAAUUGAGUGGCACAAGUGCCGCAGAUAAUCUGGAGUUAACCAUAGCUAAAUAAAUAAAGCAAACGUGUGUAUAUAUAUGUAUAUAUAUAUAUAUAUAUACAUAAUUUUUCUUUUUUAGCUUUUAUUAACAUUAAUUGUUUUUAGUUGAUAUUUAUCUUGUUUUCUUGUUGAAUAUUUGGAAUUGUUUAUCGUAAUAAAUAUACUCGAGAAAUAACUAGGCUUCUUGUUUUGGGGGGAAAGUGGCAAAACAUUUGCUUGGAUACAUACUUUCUAAAUUUAAAUUUGUAAUUCAUUUCUUGAUGUUAAAUAGUUCUUAUUCAUUAAAGUUUUCUUUUUACUUCAACCUUAAUUGUUAGCUUUUUUUCCUUUCUAUCUGAGGAGAAGGAUUUGGUCCUAUAAUGUCCCCCUGGGGAUACAUGGCUAAGUACGUGACAUUCGAAUUUUCUGUUGCAUUUCAAAUUUCCGAAUAUUUGUUUUUUUUUUUUUUUUUUUUUUGUGGCUUUAGGGCAACAUAAGCAGAUGAUAAAAAUAAUUUUUUCUGUCAAGUUUCAAUUGGAAUGCAUGUGAAUAUUUACUUAUUAAAAUUUAAAUCCCAUAAAUUUUCAGUACUGUUUAUUUUAAAUUACGAGAAAUUGAUACUCUAAAUAUGUUAUUUUUUCUACAUUCUGUCAUUUGGUAUGUUUAUAUAUGUAGAUACAUACAUUUAUCUGAGUGUCUUUUGUACAAAAUUCUCAGUUAAACAAAGUUAAUUUUAAGCAGGAUUGCUCUUAAUUUUUUAAUUCUUUUUUUUUUUUUUUUUUUUUUUGCAAUUGAAAAACUUGGUUAGCUGAAAUCCAUUUUUGAAGAAAUUUCUUCUUUUUAAGCCUGGGCCCGGUGCAAAUGCCCUUCCCUUGAACAUUCAAAUCCAGAUGCAUAUACCAAGUUGUGAUAUUCCUAAUUGUGCAAAAUUAUCGUUUUUGUGUACAUAACACCAUGGCAGUGGUGUGUUCCUAUAAUAAGGUUGCCCUGGAAUGAUUCAAACGUUGUGAAUGACUGAAGUAGCAGUGUUGCCAUAUUAGUAAAAGAAAUGUUGAUUGAAUUACUCUUUGCCAUAACUGACAACAUAAAAUGUCAUUGAGUAAUUUUAUUUAUUAUUUUAGUGCAGCACUUUCAAUCAGAAGUAAUAAAAAACAAAAUGGUUGUACAUAAUUUCAGAAUCUAAGCAUUCUUGAUUAUUAGACAAUUUUGGUUGUCCGAAAGCAGUCUGUCCCACAUGCAAUUAUUAGCAUAUAAUCGAGGUUUUACGGUACAUAUUAUUUUUUGAUAUAAUCUGAAAAGCUGCUUUGAGCACCUAAUUCUUUUAUCCUGUUUUGUUAAUUACAUACAUAUAUAUUGUUUAUCAAUCUAUUUAGAACAAAAUAAAACAGCACUACCAAUAAACAGUAAGUUACCACCCUGCUUAAUACCCAAGCUUUGCCUUCAAUUUUCGAGUUGAACCUUAUAUGUCGCAGACUCUCGCUGGUGAGAUAAAUUUACUUUAAUCUCUCAGUUUGUUGGCACACUCAGCUUCAAUGAGAUGACACCUGCCUCCAGCUCAGUUAUUCCCUAUUCCAGACUGAUGAGUCCAUAACAAGGAUGAAACUGCAGUCUUUAGAUGGGAUAACCGGGCUGUCAGUAUAUUGCAUGUAUCACAAGCAAUUCUUAUUGAUAUCUUUAUAAAGAAUGCUUUCCUAAAUGACUUAAUUCUUCAGUUAGUUAUUUUUAUGAUCCAUAUUCACCUUGAAUCUCAUUAAUUUCGCAAGGGAUUUGCACAUUAGUAACUGGAAAUAUUUAUUUGAAUUUAAUAAUUUUUUUUUUUCUUCUGAAGUUUUCAGCUGUCAAAUUUCUCCUCCCAUUCUUCUCCACCUGUGGUUAUUUCCAAUUAUCUUUUUGUUGAAUUAGGAAGAAAGCCUUUCUCUUAAUUAAUUUAUUUAUUUAUUUAUUCAUUUUUUCGUUCAAAUUUUUGUUAUAGUUUUAAUAUAAAUUAUUUUUAUUUUCAUUUAAAUUUUGUACUUCCAUCACUCAAAAAAUAAUGUGCCAUGUAUGUAUUCUAACCAUCUAAUGUAAAAACCUUUUUUAUAAUGUUGCCUUUUAGAAGCCAACCAAUUUCAAGAAAUUAAUUGUACUGUCAAAUCUUUAUGUAAAAUUCAAAUAAUGCAACAGAAUAAAAAUGUCUUUUCAA